AUGUAAAUAUAAAAACUCAGUAGAGAUUCUAUAUAAAAUAUUUGUGUUUCUUAAGUAAUAAUAGAUCUUUCUGCAUGUAAACAAAAAAAAACAAAAAACAAAAAAACAAAAAUAAAAAAAGGUGUAAAGGAAUUACUAGAAAAUAGCAUAGAUGCUAAAUCAACACUUAUAGAAAUUCAACUAAAAGACCAAGGACGAGACGGCAUAAUUGUAAAAGAUAAUGGCCAUGGCAUAUCAAAGGAAAACUUAGAUAAAAUAGCCUAAAAAGGUUGCACAAGUAAAUUAAAAGUAUUCGAAGAUUUAGAAAAUUUAACAUCAUAUGGAUUUCGAGGAGAAGCAUUAAACGCGAUUAGUCUUUUGAGCGAUUUGAAUAUAAAUACAAGGACUAAGGAUGAUCCUAUAGGUUAGAAAUAUUCAUUCAAUCAAUAAAAUAUAGAGGGCUAGAUAAUUAAAAAAAACAUAAGUAUGGAAAUAGGUACUACUAUAUAAUUAAGCAAUUUAUUCGCAAACAUACCAGUAAGGAGAUAAGAAUUAGUUAAAAAUAUUAAUUUUUAAUAUAAUAAAAUAGUAAAUUUAGUAACAGAAUAUGCUUUAAUUUGUACUCAAAUUUAAAUUUUUUUGAUCAAUUUUUCAGAAAAAAAUACAAGGAAUGUUAUUAUAAAUUCAGGAAUGCCUAUGGGGGAUAUUUUAGGAAAAAUUAAGUAGGUAUUAGGAGAAAAAAUAGGGUAAUAAUUAGUAUAGUUUAAAUUGGAAUUUAAUAACGGUAAUAGUGUUUUAAAAGGAUUUAUUUAAAAAAAUAUAUAAAGCGGGUCUUAAAAAGCAAAUGUAGGCAAAAAUAUUACUUUUAUGUAUAUAAACGGAAGACCUGUAAAUUAGUUAAAGAAAAUAAAUUAUGUUUUUAAUGAAUUUUAUAAAAAAUAUAAUUUAAAUAGUAAGUAUAUAUAUGUUUUGGAACUAGUUACUCCGGUCAAAAAUUUAGAUUUUAAUGUGUCACCCGAUAAGAGAGAAGUUUUCUUUUAGUUAGAAGGAGAACUUGUGAAUUAAUUAAGAGCUAAAAUGAAAGAAAUAUUAGAAAAGGAAGACUUGGUGGAAUAAAAAGUAUUAGGAAGUUUAAAAUAAAAAGAUGAGUUAUAUUAUUAAUAAACAGAAAUAAAAUAGUAAUAAUCAUAAGAUGUUAAAUAAAAAUUAUAAAUAAAAUAAUUCGAAGCGGGUAAUAAUUAGUUUUCAUAUAAUAUUUUUAAUUAUGAAAAAAAUAAAAAUAAAAAUAUAUUUUAAAAUUCUUUUUUAAAUAUUAUUGAAAGUUAAAAAGAUAAUAUAGAAAAAACAAUAAUAAUAAUAAUAAUAAUAAUAAUAAUAAUAGUAUUAAAAUAUAUGAAUAUUCAAAAAAAAAUAUAAAUACUUAAGAAAAAACUUAUGACAAAAAUGAUAAUUAUUAAAAAAAUAUUACUUUUAUCUCUUAAAAUGAAGAAUAAAAACCAUCAAUAAUAGAAUAAUAUAAAUCAUAAGAAUUUCCUGAAUUAUAAGACGAUCAUGAAAAUGUUAAUGUAAUAAAUUCUGAUUUUAAAAAGGAAGAAUUUUUAAAAUUAUAAAUAAUAGGUUAGUUUAAUAAAGCAUUUAUAAUAGCAUUUCAUUCUGAAAAAAAAAUACUGA